UUUAUUUUAAGCCUUUUUGGUACAGAACAUGACAUCUUCAUGAAGAAUUUUUGUUUUAUCAUUAAUAAAUAAAUGUGUCUAGCUUCCUGAGAUCUCCCUGGCUUUAGCAACUUGUAGUCAUUUCCACUGUAGACCAUUAAGAAUAUAUUUCAAAGACAGGCUAGCAAAGUUCAAGUAAAAGUUGUUUUUUAUAUGUUGGAGCAUCUAAGUGGCAUUGGGCUUAUGAAAAUUUUGGUGAAAAAAUGUUACUGCUGCAGUGCAGGCAUGAAGCCUCAUCUCCUAAGCUAGAUAACUUGGUACCAAGUGGAAAAAUGAAGAUUCUCCUGGUCUUUCUAGGUCUGCUUGGCUAUUCCAUUGCUAUGCCAAUGCAAAUGCCCCGAAUGCCUGGAUUUAGCAGUAAAAGUGAGGAGAUGAUGCGCUAUGGUCACUUCAACUUUAUGAACUCCCCACCUAUGGCACACCUGGGUCCCUUGUAUGGAAAUGGUAUGCAGCUCCCUCAGCUCUUCCUGCCGUACCAGAUGCCCAUGUGGCCUCAGCCAGCACCCAACAAGAAGCGCCCACAGAAACCUUCAUCUCCCUCAGCACCCAAACACCAGAGCAAGACUGAUCAAGCCCCAGAGACCCAGAAACCCAACCAGCCUCAACUAAAACAGCCCCUACCAGAGCAUCCUUUAAAGCAGCCAUCACCCACCCCAACUCAGCCCCAAGAGGAAACCCAGACACCUCAGGCAUUCCCACCAUUCGGCAAUGGGCUAUUUCCCUAUCAACAGCCACCGUGGCAUGCUCCACAUAGGGUACCACCAGGUUAUGGACGUCCACCAGUCAGCAAUGAAGAAGGUGGGAAUCCUUACUUUGGAUAUUUUGGAUAUCAUGGAUUUGGGGGCCAUCCUCCUUAUUAUUCAGAAGAGAUGUUUGAACAAGAUUUUGAAAAACCAAAAGAAAAAGAUCCUCCUAAAACAGAGAAUCCAGCCACCGAUCCUUCGGCUAAUUCAACAGUUCCUGAAACUAAUUCUACCCAGUCAAAUGCACCCAAUCCCAGAGGGAGUCAGGGUGGAAAUGACACCAGCCCAACAGGAAACACUGUCCAGGGGUCUAACACUGUGAGCAAUCCUACAGCUCAAAACAGCCCUGCAGUAAAUGUUUCAGGCCAGGGAGUUCCAAGAAGUCAAACCCCACGGGGACCAAGUCAGACAAAUAUUCAUGAAAAUUAUCCAAAUCCUAACAUCCGAAGUUUUCCUGCAGGAAGACAAUGGCGACCUACUGGCACCGCUAUGGGGCACAGACGUAAUGGGCCUUUUUACCAAAAUCCACAAAUUCAAAGGGGUCCCCGGUGGAACUCCUUUGCUUUGGAAGGCAAACAAGCAGUUCAUCCAGGAUAUCCAAUAUAUCGCAGAGCUUAUGCUUCCACUGCAAGAGGAAAUUCUCCCAAUUAUGCAGGAAAUCCAGCAAAUUUCAGAAGAAAGCCUGAAGGGCCAAAUAAACACCCUGUGGGAACCAAUGUUGCCCCUCUGGGUCCCAAACAUGGUACUGUUGGCCACAAUGAAAACAUCCAAAAUCCAAGAGAGAAGCCAGUAAGUCAAAAAGAAAGAAUAGUCAUUCCUACAAGGGAUCCAAAUGGCCCCUGGAGAAACUCUCAAGACUAUGGAGUUAAUAAAUCAAACUAUAAACUGCCUCACCCUGAGGAUAACAUGCUAGUCCCAAAUUUUAAUUCUAUUGGUCAACGUGAAAACUCUUAUUACCUGAGAGGAGAUUCCAGAAGAGCUCCAAAUUCUAAUGGACAAACCCAAAGCCAGAAUUUGCCCAAAAGGAUUAUUUUAGAGCCAAGAAGAAUUCCAUAUGAAUCAGAAAUUAAUCAGCCAGAAUUAAAGCACAGUAUAUAUCAGCCUGUGUAUCCUGAGGGAUUCCCUUCCCCUGCAAGGGAACAUUUUCCUGCUGGAAGAAAUACUUGGAACCAACAAGAAAUCUCUCCACCUUUUAAGGAAGAUCCUGGAAGGCAUGAAGAACACUUACCUCAUCCUUCCCAUGGCUCUGGAGGACGUGUUUACUACCCUGACUAUAACCCCUAUGAUCCCAGGGAAAACUCACCAUACCUUAGAAGUAAUACAUGGGCUGAAAGAGAUGAUUCUCCCAAUACAAUGAGGCAACCUGAAAAUCCACACUAUCCCAUGAAUACUCCAAACCCAAAAAAGACAAUCCCUUAUAAUGAAGAAGACCCAAUAGAUCCAACUGGAGAUGAAUCUUUCCCAGGACAAAGUAGAUGGGGUGUGGUGGAGUCAAGCUUUAAAGGAGACCCAACGGUUAGGCACUAUGAAGGCGAGCAAUAUACCUCCAAUCAACCAAAGGAAUACCUUCCCUAUUCCUUAGAUAAUCCAUCAAAACCCAGGGAGGAUUUCCCUUAUGGUGAAUUUUACCCCUGGAGCCCAGAUGAGAAUUUCCCAUCAUAUAAUACAGCUCCCACUGAACCACGGCCGGUGGAGAGCAGGGGCUAUUAUGCUAAUAAUGCCGUUGGACAAGAAGAAAGCACUAUGUUUCCUUCUUGGAACUCCUGGGACCACAGGAUUCAAGCCCAGGAGCAGAAAGAAAGCAAGCCAUAUUUUAACAGAAAUUUCUGGGAUCAGCCAACAAAUUUACACAAAGCCCCUGCUAGUUCACCAUACCAGAAGGAGAACAAGCCUUAUUCCAGUAACUCCCCAGCUGGGCUUCAGAAAAAUCCAAUAUGGCAUGAAGGUGAGAAUUUGAAUUAUGGCAUGCAGAUCACUAGGUUAAAUUCACCAGAGAGAGAACACUUGGCUUUCCCAGACUUAAUUCCUCCAAGUUACCCAGCAGGUCAAAAAGGAGCACAUUUAUUUCACCUAAGCCAGAGAGGCCCUUGCUGUGCUGGUGGCUCCACAGGGCCCAAGGACAAUCCACUUGCUCUACAAGACUACACUCCAUCUUUUGGUCUUGCACCAGGGGAGAACCAAGACACCAGCCCUGUGUAUACAGAAGACAGUCAUACUAAGCAUGCAAGAUAUACUAUCUCCCUGACAAGCAUCCUACCUGGCCAAAGAAACAGCUCAGAAAAAAGACUGCAUGGAGAAAGUCAAAACCCAAGUCCUUUCAGAGAUGACAUGUCCACUCUGAAGAGGAACACACCAUGUUCUAUAAAUCAGUUGGGCCAAAGGGGAAUUAUGCCCUUUCCCGAAACCAGUUCCCUUCAAUCAAAGAAUAUACCUUACCUCAAAAGUGAUCUUGGAGGAGAAGGAACCAUUUUGGAAACAAUAUUUGAAGGCAACCAGCUCAAUGAAAGAACUGUUGAUCUUACUCCUGAGCAGCUUGUUAUUGGUACACCUGACGAAGGUCCCAAGCCAGAAGGAAUUCCAAGUGAAGUGCAAGGAAAUGAGGGUGAAAGGCAGCAGAAACCAUCUAGCAUCCUACAGUUACCAUGUUUUGGCUCCAAAUUAACAAAGUAUCACACCUCCAGCACUGGAACUCCAUCUAGCAUUGGAAGGCAAGGCUCAUAUGAUGGGGAUCCAAUUACGCCUACUGAAAUUCCUAACUCAUUGGCUGAGUUAGCUACCAGGGCACAGUUUCAGAAUAUAAAUGUAAACCCACUUAAUGCAGAUGAACACACUCUAUUUGAUUCUCUUCAAGUAGGGACCAAUCCACAGGACCAGGUGCAAGACUGCUUACUACUUCAGGCCUAGGAAUUAUCUCAAUCAAGCAUUCUUUGGGGAAGGAAAAUACCUGCUAUUCUACAGUGUUUCCAGCCAUUCUUCCCCCAAGGCUUGCUAAGUAUCUCACCCUCUUGGCGAUCCUUAAGUUUUUCCCCAUUCCAGCAAUAGGAGGUUGGGGCUGUGGGAGUUGCUAGAUCCAGUAUUGUCACCAAUUAGCACAGUCUUAAAAAAAA